AUGGCGUCCUUGCUCGAUACAGACUCGCCGGUGGCCGCAGGAGCACGAAGCUGCAUGGAGCUUUUAGAAAAGCUCGUCAAGGUUUCAGAUGAUAGCCAAUGCGUUUCCAAAGCGGAUUCUGUUGAUCUACUUGAUAGAUUCAAACUCUGGGCUGGAAAUAUGGGUGCCCUUCAUCCGUUCAAUAUUACAACCUCGCUGGACUUCAGACUACGUGAGAGCCCAAAGAUUUCCAAUCGCAUCUCAGAGCUCCUUGAUGAGCUUGUUGAGUGUGUUGAAAGAGAAAAUAGAACCGGCGUUUUGGACUCCGAAUUUGGAGCUGAAGCUAGCACCGAACCCGAAGGAGAAGAAGAUGAAGAAGAGAUGUCAGAGAUUGAGGAAAUCUUCAAGUCAAUCAUUGAUAUCGUUGGCAAUCUUUGGCAAUCUUUUCAGAUUUUCAGAUUUUCGGCCAUAAUUCGUGAUAAUUCAAAACGAGACCGUUACGCGAAAGCUGAAGCAGCCGCAGCUACCAGACACCCAUUAAUUGACCAAUUCGACAUCAGCCAUGUGGAACACAAGUUUCCAGCCCUUCAGUCCAAAGAUAGAGAUUGGUUGGCAGUCAGACUGGGCAAGGCCAUUACAAAAAGGCGGAAAUAUCUUUGGUAUUCCCGAGAGCAUCAUGAGAAGACCCAUAUGGGUUCGCAGACGAUUAUACCAACUGUCAAGCAACCGAGCAUUCCCGCGCUGCCUAGAAGGUUUGACUUGGACACACGUACUGUGCUUUCCAGGCCCAUAAGCACUCUCGCUCCGACCCAAGCCUCAACUCUCCUUUUAUCAACCGAGAUUACGCCUGACCCUGAGCUUGAAGAAGAUUCUCAGUCCCAUACUUCUUACGCCACUUCAAUCGGCCAAGAUGAGGAAGGUACGAAGCUCCAAGUUGUGCCCCUAGAAACUGUCUCCAAAGGGAGUCCUAAUUUUGAGUGUCCUUACUGCUGGCAAAUCCAGACUAUCAAAACGCAAAGGUCAUGGAGGUAGGUAAUUCGUAAACGUCGUGAUACAAAGUAUUAACCAAUUGAAUCAGAAAACACGUUCUAUCAGACUUGAAGUCCUACGUCUGUACCUUUCAAAAUUGUGAUCUCGCCAUGUUUCCGACUACCACACCUGGUUUCUACACGAGUUGA